GGGGCGAGUUUACUUUAACGAGUGUUAUUCGCGGACCUAUUGAUUGUGACGAGCUACUGCAAUGGUGUCCGAUAUUUGAGGGUGGAUUUUUAGCAAAAACUUGGUUUUUAAACAAAAUAAAAUGAAAUAUUAGAUAAAACUAGCCUAUUGAUAGACAAUACAAGUGAAUAUGCUGUCUGCUGCUGGAACCCCUUCAACAGAUCCCUGGCUGAUUUUGGCCAGGGAGAGAGUCAGAUACGAGGAACAAUUUAGAUCACUGAAACCAAUAAACGGAGUGGUGACAGGCGAUCAAGCUAAAGGAUUUUUCCUUCAGUCUCAAUUGCCACCUCUAGUUUUAGGACAAAUAUGGAGCCUGGCCGACACCGACUCGGACGGCAAAAUGGACAUAAACGAGUUCUCGAUCGCGUGCAAGCUGAUCAACCUGAAGCUGCGCGGCUUCGACAUGCCGAAAAUGCUGCCGCCCUCUCUGCUAGCCUCCCUGCAGCAGGCGGGCGCGCCGCCCGCCAUUCCGCCGCUGCCCACCGCCCCGACGCGCCCCCAGCCGCCCGCGGCGGUCGCGCCGCCCCACCCGAUCGUGCCGCCCCAACCCGCCAUGAUGAUGGGACAACAGCCGCCCCUUGUAGCCCUACAAGGUAACGUUGGCGUGAUGCCACAAGUUGGAACCGUGAUGCCUACCGGCAUGACCCAGCCUCAAAUAAAUAACAUUCCCACAGGCAUUGUGCCGCCAAUGCAGAGCAACAUGCAACCGCUAGUUGCCGGAGUGCCUCCAAUGGUACCUAUGGCGCCCGGCUAUGUGGCAACAAUGCCGGUUGCUGCGCCCUAUAUACCACCAGUGGUUCCUGCCGCUCCUCUAGUAUCGAAUGUAACGGCCCCCAUGGGCGUAGUUGCCGCUUCUUCGCCUGUUCAGAACGUGGCCGCCGCACCGGCCGGACCUGGCGCCACCAGCACUCCAAGAGCGAGCGUCACUAGUCUGGAACGUGCUCCAUCCAUUGAGUCACCGAUGGCCGAUUGGGCAGUUCCCCACCAUAUUAAGCUAAAGUACACGCAAAUGUUCAACACGACCGACAGAACUCGAUCGGGUUAUUUAUCUGGUGCUCAAGCUAGAAACGUCAUGGUGCAAACGAAACUGCCGCAGAAUCUGCUGGCACAAAUAUGGAAUCUUUCCGACAUGGACGGGGACGGUCGCCUGGGUUGCGAGGAGUUCGUUCUGGCCAUGCACCUGUGCGAACAGGCCGCCACCGGAAACUUGCCGCCGACGAAGCUGCCGCUCGAUCUCGUACCGCCAUCGUUCAGGAAAGUCAGGACCUCCUCGGUUUCUAGUCAAGGCAGCGCUGCACCGGUCGACCAGGAUCCCGCCUCCACACUUCUACAAAAUUCGUUCGAAGACAAGCGCAAAGAGAACUUCGAGAAGGGCCAGGCGGAGCUGGACCGGCGCCGCAAGACCCUCAUGGACCAGCAGCGCAAAGAGGCGGAGGAGCGCGAGCGCAAGGAGCGCGACGAGAUCGACAGGCGCGAAAAGGCCCGACUGGAGGCGGAGCGCAAGCGAAUGGACGAGCUGGAGAAGCAGAUGAGAGAGCAGCAGGAGCAGGAGCGGCUCAAGGAGGAGGAGAGGAAGAGGCAGGCCGAGCAGCGCGAGGCGGCCAGGAAGGAGAUGGAGCGCCAGAGGCAGCUCGAGUGGGAGAAACAGAGGUUGCAGGAAUUGCAACAGCAGCGGCAACGGGAGCAGGAGACGGUUCUCAAAUUGAAAGCUAAAAAUCAGAGUCUGACCAUAGAGCUGUCGUCUUUCAACGAGCAGGUGAGGGGGCUGUCGCAAAAAAUCUGCGACACGCGCGUCGGAGUUUCAAACGUGAAGAGCACAAUCGACGGCAUGCGGACCACGCGCGACACCCAGAUGCAAGAAAUGUCGCAGCUCAAGAACAAACUCAAGGAGCAGAACGCCAAGCUGCUGGCGCUGUCGCAAGAGCGGGCAAAAUUGGAGGCGAAGAACAAAAUGAACACGGCGUCGGACGAGCAGACGCGCAUCGCGUACGAGAACAAGGAGGUCACCAUCAAGAACCUCAGGGAGAGGAUCGAGGACAUGCAGGGCCAGAUCGACGGGAAGCUGUCCGACAUCGAGAACAACAACUCGACGCUGGCCGACCUGAAAUCGCAGCUCGGCACCUUGAUCGAGGAGUGCGAGCGGCUGUACGGCGCGUACGAGACCAAGCGCACCCUGGUGGUCGAGAUGAAGAACUCGAACAAGUCGUUCGACUACGGCCAGGGCUGGGCGCAGACGGGGGGGCGGGACGCGUGGGGCUCGGAGCCGGUCGCCGCCGUCGCGGAGGAAGCCGACGCGUGGCCGGUGGACAACUGGGCCGCGCCGGCCGCCGCCGCCGCCGCCGCCGUUCCGGGAACGGUGCCCUACAGGGCGCUGUACGAGUUCUCGGCCAGGAACAACGACGAGAUCUCCUUCCAGCCUGGCGAUACGAUUAACGUGCCGUUGGAACAAACCGGCGAGCCCGGCUGGUUGGCCGGCGAGAUUCGCGGUCGCACCGGGUGGUUCCCCGAGUCCUACGUGGAGCCGAUAGAUGGCGUCGGCGUGCGGGAGAGCGCACCCGCGCAGACCCCUCCCGCCGCCGAAACGGAAGCUUCCAGAUUGGAGAACAUCGCCGAGGUUCCGGAAGUGCACGAAGCGGUCCCGGAACCGGCGGCUGCGCAGGUCGUCGAGCAGCCGGCCUUUGCCGCGGCCGCGGUUCCGGAAGCGGAAGAAGUCGAGUACUACAUCUCGAAUUAUCCGUAUCAGUCGCAAGAGCAGGGCGAUUUGACGUUCAACGCAGGGGAGAUGAUCGCCGUCGUCAAAAAGGACGGCGACUGGUGGACGGGGAAACUCGGCAACAGCGUCGGCAUCUUCCCCAGCAACUACGUGCAGAAAGUCGAUGUGAUCAUGAAGAGCAAAAAACCGGAGAUAGCGCAGGUGAUAGCGCCGUACCAGGCGACCAGCACCGAGCAGCUGUCGCUGGCGCGCGGCCAGCUGAUCAUGAUCCGCAAGAAGACCGAUUCCGGGUGGUGGGAGGGCGAGCUGCAGGCCAAGGGCCGCAAGCGGCAGGUCGGCUGGUUCCCCGCCAGCUACGUCAAGGUGCUGAACAGCAGCGGACGGGCCAGCGGCCGCACCACCCCCGUCUCGUCCACCAGGAUGCAGCAGGAAGUUAUCCUAGACAAAGUAAUCGCCUUAUUUCCAUACAACGCAAUGAACGCAGACGAGCUGAGCUUCGCAAAAGACGAGAUAAUCAGCGUGACUGCCCGCGACGAGGAGGCCUGGUGGAGGGGGGAACUCAACGGUGUUUCGGGACUUUUCCCGAGCAACUACGUGGCGCCACUGCAGCAACAAUCCGAAGACAGAAAACGCGCCGAAUGCAUAAAAGAAUUUGUGGACACGGAAAAGGCGUACGUGCACGACAUGUCGGUGGUGUACAACGUGUUCGAGGCGCCUCUUCGGAAAAGCGGUCUGCUGAAGAAAAAAGAAAUCGACGAGAUUUUCGUCAACUGGCGCGAAAUCCUGCAGUGCAACAAGAACUUUUGCAGGGACCUGCACGCGAAACGCAACUCGAACAGCCACACCAUCGGUGACGUCAUCUGCAAACACCUGCCCCUGAUGACCGCAUACGUGACUUUUUGCGGGAAGCAGCUGGACAGCGCCGCGCUGUUGCAAAAUCUAACGGAAAACAACACCGCCUUCAGGGAACUGAUAAGAAAAUGCCAGAACGAUCCCACGGUCAAAGGGUUGCCUUUGUCGUCCUUCCUCAUCAAACCGAUGCAACGUAUCACGAGAUACCCGCUUUUGAUCGCGAAAAUUCUCGAGAACACUCCCGACAAUCACGAUGAUUAUCAAUAUCUCAAAGAGUCCCUUAGACUGGCGGAAAAGUUCCUGAACUGCGUCAACGAAAAUAUCCGCAUAAAGGAGAACCAAGAGCGUUUGGAUUGGUUGCAGCAAUACGUGCAAAGCGAUCUGAACAUCGUUUUCAACGGUAACACCAACAAAAUGGGCACCAGAAAGCUACUGCACCACGGCACCCUCAUCAAAGUUAAAACCGGCAAAGAGUUGAUCGGGUUUUUGUUCAACGAUUUUAUCAUGUUGGUGCAACCUGCUAAAACGCUGGCGAACCAUUUUUCCUUCCAGCGAAACGGCAAUAUAACCUACAAAGCAUACAAACAGCCGAUUUUGAUUCCAAACCUGGAGGCGAGCCGAGAGAGCACGGAAAACGUCGAACACGGCACCGACUCUAACCGAGUCGUUAGACUGUCGGACACCAAAUCGAAAUACAAAAUCUGCCUUCUCGCUUCCUCCGUCAACGACUGCAAUCUGUGGAUGAAACGCAUCGAGACUGCGCAGGACAAUUACAUGAAACUGAACACGAUGAUGAUGCGCAGACCCAAAACGCUGGUCCCAAGUGGGCCCGUUUGCGGACGUCUGCUUGUCUUGAUCCAAAAGGGCAAACGCUUUAUCACUUCCGGCAAGGCUCACAUAGAAAACGUGUACACGAAAGUGACGCUGGGCUGCCAGGAGCAGCAAACGGAGGUGGGAAAAUGUUCGUCGCUGAACGGCAACGCUGCGCAGAACGCGGAAGCCGUCUUGAUGUGGAACUUCAGCAUGCAGUUCCAACUGCGCGACGUCAACAGAGAAACGCUCAUGUUCAUAGUUUACGAGCAAAAUUUGUACAGCCCCGACGAGUUCUUGGGAAGAGCAGAAUUAAAAAUUCUGGACAUAUACAAUGAAACGAGAAACACCAAUGGUCCAAUCACCAAAAAACUGAUUCUACACCAGGUGGAAUCUGGCGAGUUGAUAGUUAAAUUAGAUUUUCACAUUUUUAAGAAUUAUUAAGCAUGACAUGUUGCCAGUUAUUAAUUAAGUAUAGAUUUAUUAAGGUAAGCUAUGUUUACAAAACUUGGUAGCUACGCUGCGCGUCAAAAUUAACGCAUAACAAG